UCGACGCAUUUUCUUUCGGAAGUCAGAGAGAGAGUACGUGUGCGAACGAGUCGAUCGCUCCUGUCGUUCUUUCUCUUUCCUUUUCCCCUUCGUCUAUUUCUCUGUUUCCCCCCUGCGGCUCUUCGUCGAUUCGUUCGGUUACAUUUCACGCGCGCGCUUCCUUCCGCGCGACGUGUGUUCACGUUUCCUCUGGCUCGCGCCAAAAAGAACCUUCUCCGACGAAGCUCCAUCUAUCCGCGGGCCAGCAGCGGGAAAUACGAUUUUCGGACCAUCGGGGCCACGAAAAGACCCCCUCCCCCUCCCCCCUGCCGCCGGUCAUUAGUGAACUGUCUCGUGAACGAAAGUCGUCGCUUUUAGUUAUCUUGCGACAGUGCUGGGAAAGGCGGAAAGCGACGCUGCCGUCCUGCAAUAAGCAUGGCGCAAACUUACAACCAAAAGAGGAACGUGUACAGCAUCGACCAGAUAUUAGGACACGGCAAAGAGGAUGAUCAUGCGACGUCGUCCGAUGCUAUCGGUGAUGCGGGAGACGGGGAACUCGGGCACUUAAGCGAUCACCAGAUAAACGAUGCCCUGCACGAUCCUUUGAAUCUAGGGGAGUCGGACCGGUUAAACCUAGGAGAAUCGGAUCGGCCGCGCAAAGUUCGGAGGUCCCGCACUACAUUCACCACGUACCAGCUGCACGAGCUCGAGAAGGCCUUUGGGAACACACAGUAUCCAGAUGUAUUCACCAGAGAAGAACUCGCGAUGAGGUUAGACCUGUCCGAGGCUAGGGUGCAGGUCUGGUUUCAAAAUCGUCGUGCAAAGUGGCGCAAGAAGGAGAAGGUGCUCGGCAGAGAUACCAGUUUCAUGCAUGAACAAAGUGGUGUCAACGAGCUGUCGCUUCACGCCCGCCUGCUUCAAACCGCCGGCGGUGUGCCAGGUGCGGAUCCAUCGGGAGGACCAACGGGCGCGUUUCCCUGGUUCAUCCCGCCGGUGUUCCCACCGCCGUGGCCGGCAAGCGCGCCCAAGCUGCCCCCGUUGCACGCCAUCCUGUCGCAGUACAUCGGGCUACCCCUUCCGCAGAACCUGGCGUCCCUUAGCACGGUUCUGCCGGUCGGUUUGAACCCGGCCUCCACCCUCAAUCACAACAACGUCAACGGGCACACGCUCGGAGGUCACAUACCUGGACACCCGCUGAACCUUGGCGUGCAGAGCCUGCCGCAGAAUCUCAGCUCGAAGCACGACAAGGAGGAGGACUCGGCCUCGUCCGACGACGAGAUCAGGAGGCAGAGCGCGGAGGUGCUCAGAGUGAAGGCGGAGGAAGUUCUACGCAAGGUGGAUAAUUAACUGCGGAAUGUGGGGUGAUUUAUCGGCGACGGUGAUUCACGAUGUACAUAAAUACAGAUGAAGAGGAUCGAGAGGGAAGGAGGCUGACGAACGAA